UUUCCUCCUUUCAGCCAAUCAGAAAGGAGGGACAUAAGAUGGGGAGGAGCCACAUUGAGCAAAGUCCAGGAAGAAUUUUUCAGACAUCGGGCUAUAUAGAUCACGUUUUGUUCCGCAACAUCUACCAAACAGCGUGUGGUCUAAACGUCGAGUGGCGUUGACCUGUCGAGAUGGCUGACAACAGAGAUAAAGCUACCGAUCAAAUGAAGACGUGGAAGGAGAAAAGGGGCUUUCAGAGGCCAGACACACUGACCACAGGGGCUGGCCAUCCAGUUGGAGAUAAGCUGAACCUGCAGACUGCAGGACCGAGGGGCCCCCUGCUUGUCCAAGAUGUGGUCUUCACAGAUGAGAUGGCCCACUUUGACCGGGAACGAAUCCCAGAGAGAGUGGUGCAUGCCAAAGGGGCAGGAGCGUUUGGCUACUUUGAGGUGACUCAUGACAUCACUCGCUACUGCAAGGCUAAGGUGUUUGAGCAUGUCGGCAAGACUACACCUAUCGCUGUGCGCUUCUCCACUGUGGCUGGCGAAUCAGGAUCAGCAGACACAGUGCGAGACCCCAGAGGCUUUGCAGUCAAGUUUUACACUGAGGAGGGCAACUGGGACCUGACGGGCAACAACACCCCCAUUUUCUUCAUCAGGGACGCCCUGCUGUUCCCGUCCUUCAUCCACUCCCAGAAGCGCAAUCCCCAAACUCACAUGAAAGACCCCGACAUGGUGUGGGACUUCUGGAGCCUGAGGCCCGAGAGUCUGCAUCAGGUGUCUUUCUUGUUCAGCGAUCGAGGUUUGCCCGAUGGCUUCCGUCACAUGAACGGCUACGGCUCUCACACCUUCAAACUGGUCAAUGCUGACGGUGAGCGUUUCUACUGCAAGUUCCACUACAAGACUGAUCAAGGAAUAAAGAAUCUGUCAGUAGAGGAGGCAGACUGCCUGGCUGCCACCAACCCAGAUUAUGCCAUCGGAGACCUGUUCAAUGCCAUUGGCAAUGGCAACUACCCGUCCUGGACCUUCUAUAUCCAGGUCAUGACCUAUGAGCAUGCUGAGAAGUUCCAGUUCAAUCCCUUCGACGUUACCAAGGUUUGGUCACAUAAAGAAUACCCUUUGAUCCCUGUGGGCAAAAUGGUACUCAACAGGAACCCAGUCAACUACUUUGCAGAGGUGGAGCAGCUGGCCUUUGACCCCAGCAACAUGCCACCAGGCAUCGAGCCAAGCCCCGACAAGAUGCUGCAGGGCCGUCUCUUCUCCUACCCAGACACACACAGACACCGGCUGGGAGCCAACUACCUGCAGAUCCCCGUCAACUGCCCCUUUAGGGCCCGUGUGAGCAACUACCAGCGUGAUGGUCCGAUGUGCAUGUAUGACAACCAAGGGGGAGCUCCAAACUACUAUCCCAACAGCUUCAGUGCCCCAGAGACACAGCCUCAGUGUGUGGAGUCCAAGUUCAACGUGUCUCCAGAUGUGGCACGCUACAACAGUGCAGAUGACGAUAAUGUCACACAGGUGCGUACCUUCUACACACAGGUGCUGAACGAAGAGGAGCGCCAGAGACUUUGCCAGAACAUGGCAGGAGCCCUGAAGGGAGCCCAGCUCUUCAUCCAAAAACGCAUGGUCGAGAACUUGAAGGCUGUCGAUCCAGACUAUGGAAAUCGGGUUCAGACCCUUCUCAACAAGUCCAAUGCGGAGGCCCAGAAGAACACAAGUCUGCAUGUUUACAGCCGUCCAGGAGCCAUCGCUGCGUCCUCCAAGAUGUGAUGCCUUCAUUUCCCCCCGAGGACAGCCCCCUCAUUUAGUACUUCCGUGAUUACCAACUGCUAAUACCAGUGUCAUGAUUGGACUUAACUCUCCAAUUACUUACUGUCAGUGACAAGACUGAAAUACUAACCUUGUAGUGUCACAGUUGGGGUUAGUUAAUUUAUUAUACAGUCAAUCCAAACUGUUGAUUUUCUUCAAAAUUCUCAAAGCUAGUUGUAUUCAAGAGGUUCUUGAUCUCUGAUAAAAUUCUGUGAGGUUAAUUUGUGAUUGUGAUUGAACAGCCAUUUUGAAAAAAUCACCAGUUUCUUUUUUACAAAUUAAAACCGAUUUUGUCCGUUGACUGUUUAUACCAGGUUAUACCAAAAACAUGCCAAUUUUGAGUGCUUAAGAUUAACCACAAAGGCCUUGAAACUCA